AUGGUGUUUCCAUUCCUUGAGCUCGCAGCCGAACUGCGCAACCGUGUCUAUCAUUUUCUCGUCGUUCACGACGAAAGACAAGUGCGAGUUCGCAAGGCCGAUGGAGUAUCUGGAAUCUUUACGGGGCUCACGAGCGUCUCCCGACAAGUACGAAGCGAAUACCGACCGAUACAGCGCAGCGUGAGUCGAGUCACAGUGUGCUGUAGUGACAUCACCGACUUUCUCAACACCUUCCUGGUGACAGAUAAAGACCGCGCUCAUCCUUUCAAACACAUCUGCAUCUCGGAGCGAAACUGGGCUACGAAGUCACAGGAUCUCUUACCUCUCAUGAAGGCCAAAAUCGCACACCCUGCCUUCGGGUGCAGGUUCGAAGCGCAUAUAGAUCAGCGCGACAACAACCCAUCAUUUGACGCUGUCGGUAGCAUCUACCAAAAUGAGUAUUUGGAAGGUUGUGUCGCAGCGUUGAACGAAUUGCUGGACAAUGGCAACGCCGCUUGGAAGAGCAAGGUAGCAAACGGCGAGAUCACUGCUCUCAGACUAUACUUCUGGGCCUUGCCUUUUCACGGCCUCCACGUGUCUUUCGCGUCUGGUCAUACUCCCCAGGGUAUCAUCGAGUUUCGUACUGGCGAGGACAAGGAAAAGAUGGCGGAGUUCUUCGACCGCAUGUGGGAGUCUUGGGGAUUUACUCCUGGUUUUAGAGAGUACCUCGUGGUCAAACACUGCGAAGGUGGAAGCGCUAUUGGACACUAUUGA